AUGAAAAAAAUCGAAUUAGGAUGUUUAGGAAUUUCUUUUAUAUUGGUUAUACUUUUAAUAUCCUCUUUAAGAUCAAAUUGGGAAAAGGUGGAAGUUAAAUUCGAUAAAACAGAUACAUAUAGACUGGAAAGAAAUAUCUAUUCUACAGAGAUUACACAAACAUUUUUAAUAUAUGAUGUAAACGAAAAACAUCCCAAUGGAACCAAAAUACCAAUAGAAACAAGAUACUAUACAAACAAUACCACACAUACAUUAAAUGCAUUUGGUGCAUUGUCAAUUAUUUUCUUAUUUUUCAAUAUUGUAAAUUUACUCAAAAUAAAUAUCAAGGCUAUCGGAUCCAAUUUAUACGCAACAUUAGAAAAAAUUUCAAUUGUUUUCACAGGAAUCAUAGUUUUAUUUUGUAUUAUAGGUACAUUUUUAGCAUUUGGUUUAAACGUUCAAUUAUAUAUAGAAGAGACUACACAAUUUUCCAAACAGGAAUUAAUUUUUGUUGCUUCUUUUGUGUACAAUGGCCAUUUACCUGAUAUCAAAAUCCUGGAUCCAACUUUAAAUCAACUUAUUUUAACUGGUGGUUCUCUUCAAUCUAGCGCUACCUCUGGCUUUUACCUAAUGGUCUUUUGUUUAAUUCUUUCAAUUGUAUAUGGUGUUUUAAGUGGACUUAGAUAUAGAGAAGUCAGAUCGCCAUCAUCCUCAAUAGAUUAUAGAUUCUUAUAUAGCGGGGAAGAUUCUUCAUUCUUAAACGAUGAUGAUCCUGAUGAAUUUGACGAAUCAGGACUUUAAAGAACCAUAAAUAAUAUAAAUAAAUAAAUAAAUAAAUAAUAAAUAAAUAAAUAUUUAUAAAAAUAUACAUCUACAAUAAAAAAUUUUAUUUUUAUAAUUUUUAUUU